UACAUCGCCACCAUGAACGCACUCCUGAUCCUAGCCCUUGUGGGAGCUGCUGUUUCCUUGCCCAUUGACGAUGAUGACAAGAUCGUUGGGGGCUAUACCUGCUCGGCACACUCCGUUCCCUACCAGGUGUCCCUGAACAGUGGCUACCACUUCUGCGGCGGCUCCCUCAUCAAUAACCAAUGGGUGGUGUCUGCGGCUCACUGCUACAAGUCUCAGAUCCAAGUGAGACUGGGAGAGCACAACAUCAAAGUCUCGGAGGGGAGUGAACAAUUUAUCACUGCAAGCAAGAUCAUCCGUCAUCCCAGCUACAGCAGCAGCACCCUGAACAAUGACAUCAUGCUGAUCAAGCUCGCCUCAGCUGCAAACCUCAACUCCAAAGUGGCCGCUGUAUCUCUGCCCUCCUCCUGUGUGUCUGCUGGCACCACAUGUCUCAUCUCUGGCUGGGGCAACACUCUGAGCUCUGGAGUCAAAAACCCAGACCUGCUGCAGUGCCUGAAUGCUCCUGUGCUUAGUCAGUCUUCGUGUCAGUCCGCCUAUCCUGGACAGAUCACCAGCAACAUGAUCUGCGUUGGCUACCUCGAGGGAGGCAAGGAUUCUUGCCAGGGUGACUCUGGUGGCCCUGUGGUCUGCAAUGGGCAACUCCAGGGCGUUGUCUCCUGGGGUUAUGGCUGUGCUCAGAAAAACAAGCCUGGAGUGUAUACCAAGGUGUGCAACUACGUGUCCUGGAUUCGACAGACCAUCGCUAGUAACUGAGCCCCUAGUCCUGCUGCCAUCCCUAUGCCAAUAAAGUGAUCUGUGCUUG